GUUAAAGCCAGGCUAUGCGGAGCGGACUGGACCGCAAUGCCUCGGUUCCUUUUCUUCUUCUCGCCCCUAUCAGUUUGGAAACUUAACGGGAAUGUGUCCGAGUAGGAGUUACGCCUGAACACACCGCGCGCGUGUGUGUGUGUGUGUGUGUGUGUGUGAGUGAGAGAGAAAGCGUGUGUUGUGACUCAGCGGUAGCUCCGUGAAGCCAUGGCCGCACAGCACGACUCUCUGAGCGGCUAUAUGCAGCACUCGGACCCGGGCUCCAACAGCAGCGAGCGCAGCGCGGACUCUCCCCCGCCCGGCUCCGAGGACUCCGGGGGAGCUCCGGCACCAGCCGACCCCGAGUGGACGGAGGAGCGGUUCAGAGUGGACCGCAAGAAACUGGAGGUCAUGUUACUAGCUGCCGCCGAGGGGAGGGUGAAUGGAGGCGAGGAUUUCUUUCAGAAGGUCAUGGAGGAGACCGGUACUCAGAUCGCAUGGCCUUCAAAAUUGAAGAUAGGUGCCAAGUCUAAGAAGGAUCCACAUAUCAAAGUGAGCGGGAAGAGGGACAACGUGAAGGAAGCCAAGGAGAAGAUCAUGUCUGUCCUAGAUACGAAGAGUAAUCGCGUGACCCUGAAGAUGGACGUCUCACACACCGAACAUUCCCACGUCAUCGGGAAAGGGGGAAACAACAUCAAGAAAGUGAUGGAGGACACAGGCUGCCAUAUCCACUUCCCUGACUCCAAUCGCAACAACCAGGCCGAGAAGAGCAACCAGGUGUCCAUUGCAGGCCAGCCAGGAGGAGUGGAGGCGGCCCGGGCCAGAAUCAGGGAGCUGCUUCCGCUGGUGUUAAUGUUCGAGCUGCCAGUCAUAGUGCAGCUGAACCCUGACCCCAGCUCACCGGCCAUCCAGCAUAUCUCCCAAACCUACAACAUCUCUGUGGCCUUCAAGCAGCGUUCCAGGCUCUAUGGUGCUACAGGGGUCGUGAGAGGAUCACAGAACAAUGUCGCAGCUGUGAAACGAGGCACAGCCGUGUUGCUGGAGCAUUUAGCCGGGAGCCUGGCUAGUGCCAUCACUGUGAGCACGCAGCUGGACAUCGCGCCGCAGCAUCACCUCUCCAUGAUGGGCCGCAACGGCAGCAACAUCAAGCACAUCAUGCAGCGCACUGGUGCUCAGGUGCACUUCCCUGACCCAAACUGCCCCCAGAAAAAGUCCACCGUCUACAUCCAGGGCUCCAUCGACUCGGUCUGCCUCGCCCGCCAGUACCUCAUGGGCUGUCUGCCGCUGGUGCUGAUGUUCGAUAUCAAAGAGGACGUGGCAGUAGAUCCACAGUGCAUCACAUCUCUCAUGGAGCAGCUGGACGUGUUUAUCAGUGUCAAACCCAAGCCCAAACAGCCGAGCAAGUCUGUGAUAGUAAAGAGUGUGGAAAGGAAUGCUCUGAACAUGUAUGAAGCCAGACGGUAUCUCUUAGGUUUGGACAGCAGUGGGGUGUCUGUUUCCACCUCCUCCAGCAGCAGCAGCAGUAGCAGCCCUUCGGCUGCCCCCACACCAGUCAGCUGCCCCGUGGGGCUUGAUAUCCUUACUUCAGCCGGCCUGGGCCUCACUAGCCUGGGUCUUUUGGGGCCCACAGCUGCCUCUCUGAGCACUCCCUCCACCCCCAACUCUCUUCUGAACGCCCUCAACAGCUCCAUCAGUCCCCUACACGCUCCUUCUUCUGGAACCCCCAGCCCUACUCUUUGGUCAAACUCACUGGCCAGUCCAACCAGCACACCAGGUUUUUCAUCACCAUUGAUGAUCCAUCCAGCCACCCAGGCCACAUUAACCAGCAUCCUGUUGUCUGGGGUCCAGAGUUACACCCACAAUACACCAUCUCCUCCCCCAGGCCUUGCCCCCAUUGACCCGCAGGUGAACGGGGUCCCAGACUGCAGCAAGGCUGUGUCCUCCCUCAAUGGCAAGCAUCCCAGCUCCAUGUACAGCAGAAUGUCUACCGUCUCUUUGGCCGAGAAGGUUCUGAACGUGGCUCAUGGUGAUGCCGUCCAGGAGGCCAGCGCCCACUGUCCAUCUGAACCGCUGUCCAGCAAAUCCAACCAGGAUCAAGGCUCUGAUACAUUUGUGGAGGUGGGGAUGCCGCGUAGCCCCUCUCACUCUGGGAACAGCAGUGAACUGAAGCAGAUGCUGGCCUCCUGCAAAACGGCCUCAGGCAAGAGGCAGGCUGUGGAGUUACUACAGGGCACCAAAAACUCUCAUCUACACUCAGACUGCUUACUCUCAGACUCUGACUCCAGCGCAUCUGAGAGUCCCGUAGCUGAUAAGCGAGCUCCGGGCAGUGAAAGAGCGGCCGAGCGCGCGGCCCAGCAGAACUCUGAGCGAAUCCGUCUCCCUCCACAGUCCACCUUCUCCAACAUGCAGGCCUUCGACUAUGAGCAGAAGAAGUUGCUGGCAACCAAAGCAAUGCUGAAGAAGCCAGUAGUGACAGAAGUGCGCACUCCUACAAACACAUGGAGCGGCCUGGGCUUCUCCAAGUCCAUGCCUGCGGAAACCAUUAAGGAGCUGCGGAGGGCUAAUCACGUGCCCUACAAACCCACCAUGUCUACUACCUAUGAGGGGUCGCCGCUGUCGCUCUCCCGCUCCAACAGCAGAGAGGGAGUGGGGAAUGGCAGCGACUCAGACAACUGGAGAGAGCGCAACGGGAGCGGGCUCCCGGCACACAGCGACUUCACAACACCCAUCAGCCCCAAGAGGAAGCAAAACAAGACCGUGGAGCAUUACUUGAGUAGCAGCAACUACAUGGACUGCAUCUCCUCAGUGACGGGGAGUAACGGCUGUAACCUCAGCACCUCCCUGAAAGGCUCAGACCUGCCAGAGCUCUUCAGCAAGCUGGGCCUGGGGAAGUACACUGAUGUGUUCCAGCAGCAGGAGAUCGACCUGCAGACGUUCCUCACCCUCACCGAUCAGGACUUGAAGGAGCUGGGCAUCACCACGUUUGGAGCGCGUCGAAAAAUGCUGCUGGCCAUCUCAGACCUGAACAAGAACCGAAGAAAGCUCUUUGAGCCACCCAACAUCCGUUCCUCGUUUCUGGAGGGAGGGGCCAGCGGGCGCCUGCCGCGUCAGUUCCACACGGACAUCGCCAGCGUAAGCGGCCGCUGGUGAAGUCCGCGACCACCCGCCCGCUCGUAGCUGACGCACGGACAGCCUUAACUGCACAAAGCCAUUCCCUACACCCUUGCCUUACAAACAGUACUGGACCAAACCUUUGCUCUCUGAAUCAGUGCCAAAAAAAACUAAGAAUGUCUUAUGGAAUUAAAGGGUAAGUUCAGAGGACUCUUGUAAAUGUUGAUUAUUAUGUACGAUUUGGUACACUAUGCAGUAUGGUACUCAUAUGAAAAUUAAGGUAAUAUUGAAGGAUCUAUAGAGCUCCUGCACUGUCGUAUAACGAGCUGUCGGAGUACGUGGUUCAAAGUUUAGAUUUUUAUUUAUAUCCUCGUUUUAGGCUUAUGUCAUACUAAUUCUUUGCACUUUAAGAAUACGAAAUCCUUUGCCCGAAGGCCGAUUCCUAUCUGGCCCACCCUAUAAAUGUGCAUGGAGCAUGUAUAGCACUUACAUGGAUAAUCAUGAAGAUAAGGUUUCAAAAAAGACUGCAUCACAACUCAGCCUUUUGCCACGAUGCAUCGGAAAACCCACGCCUACUAUGAUUGUUUACUCAGCAGUUUCCUUUCCCUCUUACAAAGUGUGCUGCAGUUAGUAGCUUUGCCUAUUUUGGACUUGUUUUAUAGUGGCUUGCUCACUGGUGCAUCACUGAUGUCCUCUGACACAAGCUCAGAGACUCCGUUUCAGACUCUCUGCUUCUGGCCAACAAACCACGGGCGCUUCACUCACUCCCCACGUCAGGUGCAGCUCAGUGUAGCCUGGGCAAAUCGUCUGACCAAACUCUGAGCAUUACUAAUGCAUGGCUUAGUCUGCGGUCCAGCUGUUUUUGUCUUAACUACCUCCUUGUCUGCCUUUCACCACUUUCCUUGAGCUAUGAAACUAUGGAAUAACCUGAAGGCCUUACUUGAAAGUUUAGAAUUCAGUCAGUGUCAUAAUCUCUACCAAUAAUCAGUCUUCGCUAAUCUAAAAUACUACAGCAUCCAAAAGUUGCAAAAGUUGGAGACCAGGCUUUAUUAAUUUAGUUUCAAGCCAAAAUGGCCCUUAUACGCACAAUAUUCGGAUUUCAGAAAGACACUGCUGAGGAGAUUAGGUACAAGAGAAUCCACCUGUAUAGGGAGGGGAAAGUCAAAGGAAAACCAUCUGAUGCUGCAGUUAAAUCUUGGAUCACUGAGAGGAGAAAAUCUCCAGUCUUGCUUCAGAUCUGAAAAAAUCCAUACAAUUUCCGUCUGUGAGAACAGCCAAAACAAUGCACCCCAAAGCCCAGACGUCGUCACUGAACGUGUUUGGAUACUUGGGAUCGUGAGAAGCAGAAAAUUCAACCAACUUCUACGACUGAACUUUGGAAGUGUGGAGAAAUAUCCCUGCAGAUCUAUUUGAAAAACUGAAACUCUCCCUAAAAGAAUGCAAUGGGCAAAAUAAAUUAAAAAAAGAGAAAUUACAUUUAGUUGUUGAGGCUUUGGUGUAAUUCUCCAUUAAAUGUGGUUUUAGCUUUUGUCCUGGUGCUGAAAAUGAACAACUUUGAAUUCAGCAAAUGAAGAGUGGUCUCUGACUUUUGCACAGUGCUGCAUUUUCCUAGGUGUCCUUCUUCAGAUGAAACAAGUAGGUUUUUCACAAGAUUUCAGAAGCAACUGUCCGAGUUGUGUUACACUACACACAUCUGAAGCUGUGAAUGUUGCCAGUCAUUCUCUUGAGGUUGAUACCACCAAGUGCCUUUUCCAUGCGCUGUCAACUUUCCAGAAAAAACAAAAACGCAACGGAAGAAUCGAAUCUUGUCUUGCGAAGGUGCAGCGUUUUGACAUAGAUGUAGCUAAACCACUCAUGGAAUAAUCUCGCAAUGCAUCGCUUAAUCUUACAUGUAUAGUAUUCUUGUAUUUGCAUUUAAUUGUUGUAUAUGACCUCGUAUGUGAUAGAGGUACUGUUGAAUUAUGUAUUGUGCAUAUUGCAGUUUUAUAGUCUUUUAUAUUUUUGUGUACUAGUUUGUCAUGGGAACUUCCAGACAGCAGCAAACGAUCAGUUAGAAGUAGUUCAUAGUAUUUUUGUUUUGUUUUGUUUUUUGAUAUCAAAUUUGGACUCAUGUACAAGCGAGAGGGGGGGAAAUCUCCCUAUAUUGUGCAGUUCUCCAGUCAGUAUUAACUGAAAAUCAAAUCAACCGACUAUGCAAAGAGAUCACUUUGCCAUAUUGUAUAUGUUUUCUACUUAAAGCACAUAAGCGCGAGUCGUGUUCCAAUCAAGUUCACGGGCUGCCUGAUUCCAGUAUAUUGCAGUCUUGAUAUUCCUGCGAUUCUUAGAUUAGGGCUUUGGAUGCAUCAAGUGAUUUUUUUUAUCAUCUGUAUAAUUUGUGAGAGACCAAACUUUAAUUCAAUUGUCGAAUUGUUUCUUUCUCUCCCUAAGAGGAGAACAUAAGGAAAGGGUGGAAAAGAAAUCUUGUUAUUUUGGACAUGACCUUGUGACCAGGGCCAACACUUUUUUUUUUUUUUUAAAUAUAUAUUUUGGGCCAAAGUCAUAUGAACAGCUGCUCCACAGUGAUCAUGUACAUUAGUGUACAGGACAGCCAUGUGGGGGCGGUAUUGUUGCUGAGAAGGGAAUAUGCAAAAGCACUAAUCAGUAUUCUUCUGCCAAAUGUUUUGUUCUCCCUGUCGUAUACGUCGAUAAAGUUGCUUAGUUGGCCAGUGCCUUGGGAAUGAGUCUUUUGAAAUCUGUGCCUUUGACACAGAUCAGUUACUCCUUGCUAAUGUUCUUUGAUGUUACAAUAUAGAUUUGUAUUACCAUGGACAUGUGGUACUGUUGAAUGUUCUUUACAAGUUGGAGGCCUCGUUACAGAAGAAUAAAAUGUAUGUAAACCUUC